CACUGAUGCUGACGUCCAGCCUCACCUAAAAUGGCGUAUAAAAGACCUCCUGCUCGUCUCUGGAUCGUGACCUCUCGUCCUUUGUCCCUCCAUUUGCUAGUCCGUAGCUCCCAAGCUCUCCAGUCCCGACAUGAUCACCUCAUUGCGCUACUUGUCUCUGCUCACCUCGCUCACCGCUCUUGCAGCGUCGGUUCCAGCUGCUAGGGCGGAUGGUCAGGCAGGGUCUGGCGCGGGAUACAACACGUCGCGCAUCGGUCCGGACAACGCCAACUGCAGCCGCCAGAUCUACCAACUCGACAUCAUGAGCAACAACGUUGUCUUCAAGGAUGUCGACUCCAAUGCGAAUCAGACGUACAUCACGUCGCUCUUCCAGACCUUCCUGCCAGCGAUGAGCAACUUCACGGAAAUGUACGAGGACACGGAGAAGCAGAUGGUCUCCAACACCUACUCGCUCUCCGGUACGCUGUGCACCCCGAAGAACGGCACGAAGAAUCCUUCCCAUGUGCAGUACCUUAUCCACGGGGUUGGGUUUGACUCCAGUUACUGGGACUUCGCUGCGAGUGAGGAGUACAGCUACGUGCGUGCUGCGGCUGACGCUGGCUAUACGACUUUCCGUUAUGACCGGCUCGGGACCGGUCUGUCUGAGAAGCCGUCAGAUGCGUACAAUGUUGUGCAAUCCCCUACGGACCUCGCCAUCGCCAUAAAAUUUGCGCAGAUGCUCCGUAACGGUGGAAUUGGUGGCCAAAAGUUCGACAAAAUUGUCGGUGUCGGACACAGCUACGGGUCCGUGCAGGUGCAGGCAAUUACUGCGCACUCCCCUACCGCGUUGGAUGCCGCGCUCCUGCAAGGCUUCUCCAACAACGGCACCGGCCAGGGCUCUUUCCUUGCGGGUGGCGUGUACUCGAUCGCCACUGAGGUCUUCCCUGACCGGUUCUCCACCGACGAGCUGAGCAAUGCCUACCUAGUUACGGCAGUUCCGCAAGCCAACCAGUUCGACUUCUUCUACUUCCCCUACUUCUCGCCCGCCGCCUUCAACCUCACCCGUGCGACGGAGCAGCCCGCGGCACAAGGCGUACUCUUCACGCAAACCGCCAUCAUGGGCACCGCGACCGAUUUCACCGGUCCCGUCCACGUCGUCACGGGCGCACAGGACGUCCCCUUCUGCUACCGCGACUGCUAUGCCGUCCCGCCGAACGCGAAGUACCCGAACAUCCCGGCGUAUGCAGAGGAGCUCUACCCGAAGACGAGCAACUUCUCGGUGUACAUCCCGACGAACACGGGCCAUGCGGUGAACCAGCACUACUCGGCGCCGGAUGUCUACCAGGAGAUGCUGGCGUUUGUUGAAAGUGCGUUGAUGUAGUCGUUCAGAGUAUGGUGUGUUGUGAGGGGCAGGCGAAUAUACGUGCCGAUACGAACCCUUCUGGUCUGAACUGACGUGGAUCACACGUGGUCGCAUCAGCAUUGCACUAUGCCUGUAUCGUCAUGAAGAUCAGUGUCAGACCACUGUCGUACCCAUACAUGUUGAAUCGAAAAC